AAACCACUGAACGAGAAAAAACACACGUAGCCGACAAAUAUAACCAUUAUCAUUCCAUUCCAUUCCAUUUCAUUCGUUCAUCAACCUCUUUCAUUCCUCUUUUUCUUUCUUUCUUUCUUUCUUUUUCUCUCCACUUGUUUUCUUCCGAUCCAAACAACAACCCUCUUUCCCCCUGUCCCUGUUUCUACCUUCCUCAAAUUACGACACAAGCGUCUGUUUCCGUUAAAGCAACCACUUUUCGAUACCCUUUUCAUCCAAUUGCAUAAUUCAAUACCAUGCUUUUCUGAUUCAAUUCGAUUCCAUUAUUUCCUAUUUUUCCUAGGUCUCUGUUUUUUUCGUUAUUAUUGUUACUAUGGACAAGUACGAGGCUGUUAAAGAUUUAGGUUCCGGUAAUUUUGGGGUUGCUAAGCUUAUGAGGAACAAAGUUACAAAGGAACUUGUCGCCAUGAAAUACAUCGAGCGUGGCUCAAAGAUUGAUGAGAACGUGGCAAGAGAGAUCAUGAAUCAUAGGUCACUUCGGCAUCCGAAUAUAAUUCGUUUCAAGGAGGUGGUUUUGACUCCAACACAUUUAGCAAUUGUGAUGGAGUAUGCAGCUGGAGGAGAACUCUUUGAGAGGAUAUGCAAUGCUGGCAGGUUCAGUGAAGAUGAGGCCAGAUAUUUCUUUCAGCAGCUGAUCUCAGGUGUUCAUUUCUGUCACACCAUGCAAAUAUGCCAUAGAGAUCUGAAGCUAGAGAAUACCCUUUUAGAUGGAAGUCCUGCACCCCGCUUAAAAAUUUGUGACUUUGGUUAUUCGAAGUCGUCUUUGCUCCAUUCACGACCCAAAUCAACUGUUGGAACACCGGCAUAUAUAGCACCCGAGGUUCUUUCUAGGCGGGAGUAUGAUGGAAAGAUGGCUGAUGUCUGGUCAUGCGGCGUGACUCUCUAUGUCAUGUUGGUCGGAGCAUAUCCCUUUGAGGACCAGGAUGACCCCAAAAAUUUUAGGAAAACAAUUCAGCGUAUAAUGGCCAUUCAAUACAAAAUUCCUGAUUAUGUUCACAUAUCUCAAGAUUGCAGACACCUCAUCUCUCGUAUAUUUGUUGCAAAUCCAUUGAGGAGAAUUACUAUUAAGGAAAUCAAGAGCCAUCCAUGGUUUUUAAAGAAUCUUCCAAGGGAGCUAACAGAGUCAGCUCAAGCUAUGUAUUACCAGAGAGAAAAUCCAAGCUUUCAUCUACAAAGUGUGGACGAUGUAAUGAAAAUUGUGGGAGAGGCAAGAAACCCGCCUCCAGUAUCUAGGCCCGUCAAAGGUUUUGGCUGGGAAGGGGAAGAAGUUGAAGGAGAAGAAGAUUUGGAAGAAGAAUUGGAGGAAGAGGUAGUCGAAGAAGAUGAGUACGAUAAGAGGGUCAAAGAGGUACAUGCAAGUGGAGAAUUCCAUAUAAGUUAAGCACUCAAAUGUCAAAUCCUCAAGCACUUGUGAAAAUAAUUUUUUUAGAAGACACCUUUAUUUUAUCUGUUGGGUAAACUAGAAGUCACCUAUUCAUGUAAAUUAUGGUUAUUAUGACUCUAGUAAUUUUGUAUGUGCAUUACAAUGGACGCCAACUAUGAGAACAAUGUUAGUCUCACUACAUUCUAAAUCGCCUUGUUUGAGAACGGUAUUUGUCUGAUUACAUGCUUUACAUUACUUUUCCCUA